UGUGUUUUAUAAAGACGAAACUCGCACUUACCACAAGAAAUGACGCCUUGAAAGUUUGCCUUCGAAGAACAACUGCCGCCAUGUUGACUGAUGACCUUUCGCCCAGAUUGGAGUGGGUGCUGUUUUGUCCAAAAGAAGUAGGCUUUACAAGAGAGUUUUGAAAAGAAAGAAGGGACAAACCGUCGGCAAAUCAGCCACGUGUCAAUUGGAGCUUCCGGUUUCGCGACCGGGUCACACAAGAUCGAUCGUCAAACGUUCCCUUCGAACGCCACGCGUCACGUGACCGUACUUUUAAUUUGAAAUUGUCCAGUCAUUUCAACAACUUCCGAUUUUCUUCCGGAAAAGAUCCGAAGCACGUCGCUGCUCGGUCCGAUCCACGGCGAUUGAUUACCUGUUCCGUGUGAUUGACGAGUGAUCAGCGUGACUCGAUGGAAAGUCCAAAUACGGAACCCAAACUGAUACUGGUUUUCAGCGGGAAACGGAAGUCCGGAAAAGAUUACGUUACGGAUAUGAUCCUGGAGCGUUUAGGGGAAGACGUGUGCUGCGUCGUGCGUCUUUCUGCGCCCCUCAAGCAACAGUACGCUCAGGAACAUGGUCUAGACCUGGACCAGCUGUUGGGUCCUGGUCUUUAUAAGGAGCGCUAUCGGUCUGAUAUGAUUCGCUGGGGUGAAGCUCGACGACAGCAAGAUCCGGGAUUCUUCUGUCGCCUAGCAACCAGAGGAACCUGGCAACCAGUUUGGGUGGUGAGUGAUGCGCGGCGGCUGUCGGACCUGCAGUGGUUCCGGACACACUUUCCUCAACAGACCCGGUGCGUCCGAGUCAAAAGUAGCGAGGAAACCAGGAAGCAGAGGGGGUGGAGCUUCACCUCAGGUGUGGACGAUGCAGAGUCUGAGUGCGGCCUGGACAGCGGGGUACAUUUUGAUUGGACCGUCACUAAUGAGACCGACGCCCCCUCGUUAGACGAGCAGCUGUUGCCCAUCUUGGCACUGGCCGCACAAGCUGCUGAUCAACAAGUUGAUGUUUAAAAGAAAUACCAAGACAAUUGAACGUGGUGCUUUUAUUUUAGAAAAAGCCGUCUUGUGACGGCGUCAUCACAGCAUAAAAACUUGUUUUCAUCCGGAGAGGCGUGUCUUGCACCUCUCUAAUUGGCCCCUUAAGCUUGGCAGAAGAAUACGAUUGGCUGGUUCCCCGAGCAGGAAAAUGAUCAAGCGAGCGACUAAUCACACUAACGCGCUUUGUUAAUGAGAGGAAUGUUGGCGAGUAGUUCCCUUUUGUGUUCAGCACGAGUUGAGCUCCUCCAUGGUCUUGUUGAGGGUGGCGUGCAGCUCCAUGUUGGCGUUCUUGGCCGCUUCCAGUGACUCUGCAAAGACAACACGGUCAGCAUCAGCAGUCAUGUGACGUCUUAACUGGGUGAGGGGGCGGGGCCGCACCUUCCAGACCGUCGAUGGUUUUCUCCAGCCUGGCCACCGUACGCUCUGCAGACUCCGCCCUGGUCUCGGCCUGGACAGAAAGUAGAUUCAGCAUGAACAGGAAGCCAGCGGCCAACUAGUUAGUUUAUUAUUUCUUCGGUCAAUGGUCAACAAAGUAAACAAACAGUUUUACAUAAACAAACAGAUGUACAUUCAUAAAUUAAAAAAAAAAAUGUUGCAGACCGAAAGGGUUUAGGCUGAAGUUGAACAUUUAUUGCGCCUAACCCUAUAAACAAAGUCAAGUACGAGAUGAGCUUCCAAAAAAUAUGAAAUUUCCUUUUCACAACAUAUUAUAAAUACACAUUGUACACAACAUAAAUACUGUUCAAUUAUAUACACAGUAAAGGCACUCCUUGUACACGUUAAACCUUUGCACCAAUUAUAUACUAUAUACAAACAAUUAUACUUCCAUUAUAUUUAUAUGCCACAUUUAGUUUUUAAUUAACAUUGAUCAUAGUAUUAACUACUGUGUUGAUUCAAGAGUGAUAUAUUUUUCCAAGACAUUGGUCUUAAAGUUUUUUUUUUAAAUGUGUGAAUGGAACUUGAACAUUCUAAGGAAUCAUCCAAGCUGUUCCACAGUUGAACCCCCCUGACAAACACAUCUACUUUUUAAGCUCGUUCUUAUGUUUGCUUUCUGAAAGACAGCUGAACCUCUGAGGUCAUAGGGACUCUCCCUAGGUUUGAACCUCUCCUGUAGACACAGAGGCAGCAUGUGGUUAUGAGCUUUGUACGUCACAAGAGCAGUGUUGCGGUCAACAAGAUGGUGCAGUUUUAAUGUUUUUAAUUUAAUAAACAGAGCAUUGGUAUGGUCAUGAUAAUCCGCAUAAUUUACAAUUCUAAUCGCUUUCUUUUGAAGAACAUAGAAUUGAUGUUUGAUUUGUAAUUGUUACCCCAGAUUUCAACACAAUAAUUAAGAUAUGGGUGUACGAAUGAAUUAUAUAACAUGUUAAGAGCCUUUUGAUUUACAGAGUUUUUAAUUAUAUGUAACAUAGCAAUGAUUUUUGCCAUCUUUGUCUUGAGUAUAUUUAUGUACAGUUUCCAAUUUAAUUUAUCAUCUAUAUAGAUUCCCAAAAAUGUUGUUGAAUACACCCUUUCUAUCUCCAUAUCAUCAAUUCUUAUAUGACACUAUGUUAUUUUUCCUAUUUCCAAAAAUUAUAUAUUUUGUUUUAUUUAGGUUGAUUGAUAGUUUAUUGGCAUCAAACCAUUGCUUUAGUAUGUGGAGUUCACGCUCUACUAGACAACAUGAUUGCUUGCACACCUCCUUUAGUUUGCUGCUCAGUUUCUGGAUCUCGUCCUCGUAGCGAUCCUCCUGGUGGGAGAACUGCAAUGCACAAAAAACAAGCCGGUUGGCACGCAGACCAAUAAGAGUCCUCCAUGCUGACCCCUGACAUCCUACCUUCUCAGUCUGAGACUCCAGACUCUUAGAGCUUGCAGAGAGGGUUUUUAGCUCCUCCUCAAACUGGCGACAUUUGCUGCAGACCACAAAACACAAGUUCAGAACGCGGCGCACAGGGCAGCGGGGGCGGAGCUUUAAGCAGCUGAGGGUCAGCGUUCAAAGAGUCAGCUGCUUGACAGCAGGUGAAAGGUCAGGGGACCCUCAAUACUUUGUCCUGAUAAACCGGCAAGCUCUUCACGGAUUGGUUAGCGCGCCGCAGGAAGUGGACUGCUGUUUGUGCACAACCAACAAGAGUGUGUGUGUGUGUGUAUUAACCUUUCAGCUUGCUCCGCUCGGGCUUCUGCGCGCUCCAUUUCAUGCUCCCCCAUUACCAGCUUACGAGCCACCUGUCAAUCAAAAGUGUCAGGUAAAAAAAAAAGUGAGGCUUCAAAAAUACAGGAAAUGGUUAGUGUGUGGAAUAUGUAUUGAUGUGAUCAUGGAAAACUGAUAAAUCAUGAUAGUAAUUUGAAAAAUAUAUAUACAUAGAGCAGGGGUGUCUAAACUGCGGCCAGCCAGCGUCUUCAAUUUGGCCCCAAGACAUCAUGAGUUCAAUAAAGCAUC